AUGCACAUGCCGGUUCCUGUCGGCGGCCUCCCGCCAUUGAGUGGCUCGCUGGGCCCGUCAAACGUAUCGUCUUCUCCUCCGCUUUUCUCUGCUUCAGCGGCUCUCGAGUCCUCUCUUUCUUCCUCCUCCUCGUCAACCUGCUCGUCUCCUCCGCCAUGUCCUGUGACCUCUCCCUGCUCCGGUCCCAUGCCCUCCGGCUCGCCGGAAGCUGGCCGCCCGCCUUACUGGGCUGCCUUCCCUCUGCUCCCUCCGCCUUCUUCGUCAUCCUCUGCGUCUGACGAGACCUCGUUCUCGCAGUCUUCUUCUUUGCUUUCUUCUGCCUUCCCGUCGUCUUCGGGUCUACGGUCCUCUGACAGUGCCGCCUCCUUCUCGGCGCCGUUGCUUUCGUCGUCGCUGCCUCGUGCGCCUCCACCGUCGCUUGCAGAGAGUUUCCGUGCGCAGGCCGCGUCGCUGCUGAUUCAGGGGAGCUUCUCCAAGUCCGGUUGCGCGGAGGCGCGGCCGGCGGAGGGAGACCGAGUGCUCCUUGCGGCUGGAAACUCGCUCGUGUCUGUCGGCGACGCCGCGUCUCUGCGAAAAGACAGCAGCUUCCAGUCCUUCGUGCCCGACAGGCAAGAGAGCUCGUUUGUGAAUGAUAUCUGGCAGUACGUCCUCGGCCGCGAAGAGCGGAAGACCUCCCUUGGCUACGACUAUCUAGUCAAACUCGUCAUCGUAGGCGACAGCUCGGUCGGCAAGAGCUGCUUGCUUUCGCGGUUCGCCAAGGGUCGCUUCGUCGCCCGCCAGCGCACCACGCUCGGCGUCGACUUCGAGACGCGCACGCUGGACAUCGACGGCACGAAAGUGAAAAUCCAACUCUGGGAUACCGCUGGCCACGAGCGCUUCCGGAGCGUCACUCUCUCGUACUACCGGUCCGCGAUGGGCGCUUUGGUGGUAUUCGACGUCACGAAGCGCGAAUCGUUCGAAUCGGUUCGCUCCUGGCUCCACGAACUCGACGAGCGCGCGCCGCAGAACGUCCAGCGGAUUCUCGUGGGAAACAAGGCUGAUCUCGAAGAGCGAGCUGUCUCGCGAGAAGAGUCGCGGCGUCUGGCUGCGGAGUUCAAUCUACGCUACAUCGAGACGAGCGCGAAGACCGGUCAACACGUCCGCGCCGCCUUCGUGGAGCUGACGCUGCUGGUGGUGCGCCGCCUACGGCAACUCGAGAUGCAAUGCACAGACGCCUGUGCGCGAGAGGACAACCGCAGCGAAAGCUGCAUCAACCGCGCACUCAGUCACGGCUGCCUUGACACGGUCCAGCUCGCUGAAGGUCCUAUCGAACGCAAGGCAGGGUUCUUCGGCGCGCAGCUGAAACGCCUGUGGGGCGGCGCGGCCGCGGGCGGAGUCCUGGAGGAGGAGGGGCAGCCAGGCAGGCGAAGAGUGGCACGAAUGGAGUUUCGCAGAUACGCCGUCGACGACUACCUCGAUGUAUGCCUCGAUGUCUAG